GUAUUUGGUAACCCUGCGCGGAUAAUCGCUCUCCUGCUGGAUGCUGCAUGUCUUUAUUUACACAGGAUAUUAGGAUUAAUAAUUGAACCUUCAAUAAUCGACUCGCAGAUCAUCAAAAUGGAAAAAGGAGGCGUAGAAUACUGGGGUAGAGACGAUGAGGAGGAGCUAUUGGCAUCGUGCGUAAACGUCUUAUCAAUUAAGAGCUGCAAACCUGGAGUUGCUGCUGAUGAGAUUGACAAGGUCCCGACAGCAGCAGAAGAGCCCCUCCUCAAGAAACUCCUCCACAAAACUCUCGUUGAGUCUAAACAAGAGGUGGAAAUUCAACGGAGGAACCCAAACUCACCCCUGUACAGUGUGAAGUCGUUCGAGGAGCUGAAACUCCAGCCGAAGCUUCUGAUGGGGAUCUACGACAUGGGAUUCAUGAAGCCCUCGAAGAUCCAGGAAACGGCCCUACCAACUUUGCUAGCUGAUCCACCAGGGAAUAUGAUCGCCCAGUCCCAGUCAGGCACUGGGAAAACAGCUGCCUUCACGCUGGCCAUGCUGAGCAGGGUCGACACGACGAAACCUUAUCCCCAGGUGCUCUGUUUGUCACCUACUUAUGAGUUGGCUAUACAGAUUGGGGAGGUAGCCGCCAAGAUGUCGAAGCAUUGUCCUGAGAUCAAGAUCAAGUAUGCUGUGAGGGGAGAACAGAUGGCAAGAGGUGAGAAGAUAACCGACCACAUAAUCAUCGGCACCCCUGGCAAAGCCCUGGACUGGUCCCUCAAAUUUCGAUUCUUCAAUCUCGACAAAAUCAAUGUUUUUGUACUCGACGAGGCAGACGUGAUGAUUGCCACACAGGGUCAUCAGGACCAGUGCAUCAGGAUGCACAAGAUGUUGCCCAAGACCUGUCAGGUGAUGUUCUUCUCGGCGACCUACGAAAAAGAAGUGAUGGACUUUGCUGAGAUCAUUGUCGAUGAUCCCAUGAUCAUCAGACUCAAGAGGGAGGAACAAUGUUUGGACAACAUCAAGCAGUUGUACGUCAACUGCCAGGACAUGGAGGCCAAGUACGACGCCAUAACCACUAUUUAUACGAAUCUCACAGGCCAGGCCAUCAUUUUCUGUCACACGAGGAGAACUGCCACGUGGCUGGCUGAGAAAAUGAUCGAUGAGGGAUUCACCGUGGGUUUAUUAUCUGGGGAGAUGACUGUGGAGGAGCGAAUCGGAGUUCUUGAUCUCUUCAGGGAGGGCUGCGUCACAGUUCUGGUGACAACUAAUGUGUUAGCUCGAGGCAUUGACGUGGAUCAGGUAUCUCUGGUGGUUAAUUACGAUCUCCCAGUUGAUCAGCAGUCCAAUGCAGACCACGAGACGUACCUCCACAGGAUCGGUAGAACAGGCAGAUUUGGAAAGAAAGGAGUCGCCGUAAACCUCAUCGACUCCCCCCUGGCAAUGGCUAUCUGCAACGAAAUGGAACGACACUUUGGGAAGAAAAUAGAACUUCUCGACAUUAAAUGUCGAGACCUCAAGGCUAGAAUUCGCGAGUAAACCUUCUACAAUACUUCCUCUCAUGUACAUAAGCGUUACAUCCACACGAAAAACGCGUUAUUCUGAAUUCAAAAUUCAGAAAGAUGUUACAUCAUCAUAUAAUUCUUCGAUCAUGAACGCCAGCUGUAUUCAAACUCCGUUGAAGCCAAAGUAUUUAUUCUUGUAUCGAAUACCCAUUUGUUAUAGAGAAAUCACUAAAUAAUUAAUAGUAGGAUUAGUGAAAAAAUGAUACGAAUGAAACUUUCGGAAUCAUAAGAAGAGGUUAAUGAAGUUGUCAUUUUGGGCUUUAAAUGUGGAUAAAAUGGCUUCUCGUCAAGUGGACAUUCACAAGUGAUGAUUAUUCAUUAAGUUUCAUAAUUAAUUAAGCUUAUGUACAUAACUCAUGCAUUUUGUACUCAUACCUCAGACUCCGUUGAACUCAAAGUAUUUGUUAUUCUUGUAUCCAAUACUCAUUCGUUAUAAACGAAUUAAUUCCAUGGUUUGGAUUUAAUGAUUAUCAAGAUUAACAAAAAAUGAUGUCAUAGCUUUAAGAGAAAUUUCCAGAUAAAGAGGAAAGGAAGACAAUAAAGUUUUU